CCGGGAACUCCCGGUGAGUUCUCAGCCCCACCAUUUAACCCAAAAUCCCUCACAACCGGCAUUUCCCGGUCACUCCAUUUUCCGUUGCGAGCAACUUUCCUCGAUCCCCAUAUAAACCUAAUCUUUCUCUCUCUCUCUCUGUGGGAGUGUGAGAGAGAGUUGGGGUUGGCGUUUGGGUUUAUGGCUAUUGAUAUAUUGGACCCCGAUAUGGUCCACAGAGACCCCGAAUCGAGCGGCGAAGUUCGAACCAACAGUCUCGUGGCCAACAAGCGCUGCUGCCUCUGCUUCCCCUGCUUCGGCUCCCGGCGAUCCUCCGAUGUCGGAUUGGCCUGGUGGCAGCGGGUACGAUCGAGCCAGGUCGGCGAGGACAGGUGGUGGUUCCGAGGCCUUGUUGCCCUCAAGAAACUCCGAGAGAUAUCCGAGAUCGUCGCCGGUCCGAGAUGGAAGACCUUCAUCCGGCGGUUCAACCGGAGCCGGAGCGGCGGCGGCAGCAGUUCUGCGGGUAGGCAGGGAACGAAAUUCCAAUACGAUCCUCUGAGUUACGCACUGAACUUCGACGAGGGACCGGGGCAGAACGGUGAUUUCGACGCGGACGACGAUUACCCCUUGUUCCGGAACUUCUCGAGCCGGUACGUUUCUGUUCCGAGCCACUUGCCAAUGAAAUCAUCGUCGUCGGCUUUGGACUCCGGUAGGGAGACGGCGGUGGUUGCCUAAAUAUCGCCGGAUGAGCUGGCGGGUUGACUACUGGACGUUGGCGUGGCGGCGCCAAUUUUUUCGUUUUAUAUUACUGUUUCCUAAAGUGGAUAGUUAAUAGUUUUAGAUAUUUAUUUAUUAAUUUUUUGUUUGUGAGUUGCGAGAGUGGAUUUUAUCAUGUAUAAAAAAAUGUUUAGUGAAAAUAAAAUGCAAAGUGCCGUGGCCAGUGAGCUUAAUAAUUUAA